AUGGAUGAAAAUGCUAAAAGUCACUACGGUAAGAAAUUAAGUGAAUUCUACCAAGAGGACAUAGACACAUAUCUUUUUGAUGAUAAAAUGAAUGAAAGGUUUCACUUGAUCAAAAAUGAUGAGAUCUGUGCUUCAAGAUUACCAGUUGAUCUCUGUGGGAACCAGCUGCUCGAAAGAGUGUGGGAAGCUGACUUGGAGGCCUGUCAGCUGUUGAUCCAAGGGUUUCAGCUGAAAGAAGCUGGUUGCUGUGUUUCAGAGGGAGAAGAGGGCCGAACAGAUGAGAUGGAUGCUGCUGAUAAUCACUGUUCGGACACAGAGAGAGGAAAAGAAAGCCACUUUCCAAAAGGCACAGAGCAGGGCGCUGUUCCAUACCCCACUGCUCAAACCAAAUGCUGUGAACUCAAAGAGGUUGUGGAGGAUAUUUCAUUUGGUACAGAUGAUCAUUUGUGUGAGGACUUCCACUUAUUUUCUGCAGAACUGGGAGAAAAAUGUGAAGCAAUAAGUGAGAAACUGGUGCAAUUAGAAGAUCAACUCCAAACAUCAGUCUGCAGCUUGGAUGACAGUUUUAUUCAUAUCCUUUUUCUACAUAGAUUAACUAUUUAUCUCCCAGCUUCAUGUAAAGCACUAGUUUAUUUUAGCAUGAUCUGGAUAGAGAAGAGACAGAGUGGAAAAGUAUUGAAAGAAAAGAUGAAAAAGUUCUAUUUUGGAGAGUUUGUAAUGGUAGCUUGUAAUGACACCCAAGAGGAGUUGUUAGAAAGAUACCUGGAGAUAAGGAACUGA